AUGAUGGAGAAUUCAAUUUCCUGCAAAAUUUUACUGUCUGUUUUCGGCAACGAAGCGCCACAUCACUCGACAAUUUGGGGGGGUGCACCAACAACGGCAGUCACCGAGGAAAACUUCGAUGCUGUGCGCAAACUCAUCAUUGAAUAUAGACAUGUGACAUAUCGCGAGAUUGAAGCGUCCUUGAAGAUCUCAAAGACCUCAAUUCAAAAAAUUUUACAUGAAGAAUUAGGAGUAAGAAAAUUAGUUUCUCGUUGGAUACCCCGCCUGUUGACUGAAGAGCAGAAAGCAGCCAGGGUUAAUUGGUGUCAAAAAACGCUUCAAUUCCGGAAACUCAAAAAAUGUGAAAAAAAGCCAACAAAAGUCAUCCGUUCUCGAAGUGUUUCGAAAAAGAUGGUCGCGACAUUUGUUUCAAAAGCGGGUCAUAUUGCAACAAUUCCUCUUAAUGAGCAAAGAACUGUUACUGCGGAUUGGUAUACCACCAUUUGUUUGCCAAAAGUCAUCACCGAGCUUCGAAAAAUCAACCCCGAAAGAAGAAUCAUCCUCCACCAAGACAAUGCAUGCUCGCACACAGCCCAAAAAACAAGGCAGUUUUUAACGGAAAAAAACGUGGAAUUAUUGGACCAUCCUCCAUAUAGUCCCGAUCUAACUCCUAACGAUUUCUUCACUUUCCCGAAAAUCAAAAACAGGCUGCGUGGUCAAAGGUUCCAGUCACCAGAAGAAGCAGUUGACGCAUUCAAAAAUGCCCGCAUGCAGAUGUGUAUUAAUCUUCGUGGAGAAUCCUUCGAAAAACAAUAA